AUGUAUCACCAAAUUCGAGUCGAUACCCGCGACGUAGAUUACCAAAGGAUCCUCUGGACAACGAGCGAAUCCGACCAACCGAGUGAAUUUCGCCUUCUAACGAUCACGUACGGAACGGCAUGCGCCCCGUUUUUAGCGCUUCGCGUUUUAAAACAGUUGGUCGACGACGAAGGUCGUGACUUUCCUUUAGCGGUUAAUGUGUUACACGACCAAAUAUACGUGGAUGAUGUGCUGUUCGGCGAUAGCGACCCUCAUCGUCUACGCCUCAUUCGCGACCAGCUCCGGGAGCUGCUUCAAUGCGGCGGGUUCGAAUUGCGCAAAUGGGCGAGUAAUACUCCGUCGCUAUUAUCGGAUAUCAGCCCGGACAAUCACGGCCUCGCCUGUCAGAAAACGUUGCAACCGGACAAAAAUUUAAAGGUGCUGGGGAUAGGGUGGAGCUCGGCGUCUGAUGUAUUUCGUUAUACAGUCUCUCUCCCUCCCGUGGUACCGCGAUCCAAACGCCUAAUUCUUUCGACGAUCGCUAAACUAUUUGAUCCGCUGGGUUGGGUGACUCCAGUGACCAUAAAAGCAAAAAUUUUCCUGCAAUAUCUGUGGCGACUAAAGUUAAAUUGGGACGACGAACUUCCGACCGAACACGUUCCAAAGUGGACCGCGAUCUAUUCCCAGUUAACCGCGCUCAACAAGCUCGAUCUGCCGCGAUGGAUGGGAACCGACGCGCACGCGAGCCAGUAUGAGAUUCACGGAUUUUUAGAUGCCUCAUCCGCCGCUUACGCCGCGGUCGUUUAUCUGAAGACAAUAUCGGAUUCGGAUCAGACCAUGAUUUCGCUGGUUAUGGGGAAAUCCAAAGUCGCUCCUAUUAAACCGAUGAGCAUUCCUAGGCUCGAGUUAGCUGUCGCGGUCUUACUGUCCAAGUUAAUCCAAUAUGUUCAAAAGGCCCUUCAGAUCAGUACGAUCAAUUCUUAUUGUUGGACUGAUUCCACCGUUGUUCUCGCUUGGCUCCAACAGCACCCGUCAAGAUGGAAAACAUGUGUUGCCAACCGGGUCCACGAGAUUCAGUCAAAUCUCCCGACCGCCAUGUGGCGUCACGUGCCUACGCUCGAUAACCCAGCCGAUUGCGCUUCUCGCGGCGUGCUCGGGGACGACUUAACGCACGCCUUAUGGUGGAACGGCCCACCAUGGUUAAAACUUUCUUGUGACCACUGGCCUCCGCCCACAUGUGCUACUCAGUCUGACUCAGAGGUGGAGCAAAAAGUCACAAGUCACUCUGCUCAUCCAAAAUUCGAUUGGGAUCUUCAAGCUAAGUUCUCUUCAUGGCAUACCUUGAUUCGCGUGACUGCCUAUGUCAUGCGAUUCGUCACUCUUUGCCGCCGGAAAACCGAUCCUUUCACUCCCCGCCAAACCACCGGUAUCGCGCUCCACGCCGAUGAGUGUCAAGCGGCCAGAGUGUUUUGGUUUCGCCACAUUCAAACCGAUGUGUUUCUCAAAGAACUUACAGCCCUGAGAAAUCAAUCUCAGUUAUCACCAAAAAGUUCAAUUGCAGCACUCCAUCCCUUUCUUGACAAAGAGGGUCUUCUGAGAGUCGGAGGGCGCUUGAAAAACGCUCCACUUCCAUUCAAACGAAAAUAUCCGAUUCUUCUCGCUUCUCAUCCGCUGGUGACUCGUCUUGUCAGGACCACGCAUAUUCGAUCGCUCCAUGCGGGUUUACAGUUGACGUUAGCCAAGCUUCGACAGGAGUUUUGGAUACUGCGCGCGCGCACGUUGGUCAAGUCGGUCAUAUAUCAGUGUGUUACUUGCACUCGCGAAAAGGCCGCCUCGCCGUUGCAACUUAUGGGGGACCUUCCGUCUCCGCGAGUUACCCCGUCAUCUCGGAGCUUUCUACAUUGCGGCCUCGAUUACGCCGGACCAGUCCAGAUUCGCAUUUAA